GGAGAUUGUGCGUUAAAUGAAAAUUUAAAAUUAAAAUUUUAUCCUAAAACGUCUAACAUUUUUUUUGUGGUUAAUUAACAAUAAAAUUGCUAAUUACACAAACUAGGUUCGUAUUAAAAAUGAGAAGAUAAAGUCUAAAAAAAUGUUUGUGGGAUCACUUUGGAUGACUAAUUGUGUUAAAUUUUUGGUCAGCAAUAGCGUUCUGAAACGAAAAUAGCCCCGAAAUUGCUUAUUUCAAGCGAUGUGAAUCAGUGGUUUGCGCAAAAGCGUGCGCCAUCUUCCGAAGAAAUUAGAUUAGUCGCGACAAACACGCGAAACGAACGGCCGCGAACGCGAAUUUACGAAUUAUUUUUAAAAGAUAAUUAAUUAAUUAUUCUCCGAAAUUAAAAUAUAAACGAAAAUGAGCGUUUUUGUCAACCAAAGAAUUGACUUCAACAACCCCAUGAUGAACAAACCGACAAAUUUACAAAACUCAGCCGUGCUUAGGAUGUUGGAGGAGGAGGAGAAUAGAAAACGAAGCGGCCAACCUGGAAGUUUAAAACGCGUUGCUUGGCCGCCACCGGAAGAUAAUAAUAACGAAGAAUUUGUUGAACAACCAGCUGUGCAAGCACAAGGCGGCCCAAUUAACCCUCAAAAAACUACGCCUGGUCCUCAAAUCCACCACAUCCCCAUUCAACAAAGUCAAACUACACCUGGACCUCAAACCCACCAUAUUCCCAUUCAACAAAAUCAAACAACUCCUCAAAUCCACAAUAUUCCUAUUCAACAAAAUCAAACCCGCGAAAUUCCUAUUCAAUUAAAUCAACAAAAACCUCCUACUCCACAAUUUAAAGAGGAUCAAAAAUUAUUUACAAGUUCUGCAACGUUUCAACCGGUUUCACCGCCACCCUCUUCACCUUUAUUGAAUAAAAGUCCAACCGAUUUUAGUUCUUUAGCUAAACCUUGGUCACCUCAAUUAUCACCAUCUUCUUCACAAUAUAGAUCUGUAUCUCCUUCGACGUCUUCAAACGUUCAAUCGUUUAAAUCCUCGAAAGUAACCGAGUACACUACGACGAAGCAAUAUCAAUUUUCUUCUCAAUCGCAAUCCGAAUCUCAAUCGCAAUCAUCUCAAAAACAAUUUCAAAGUCAACCGAUUGUGCAAAGUUAUUCGACAUCUUCGAAAGAAACUAGUUUUGAACAACAACCAAGUUUUAAUCAACAAUCGAGUUUUCAAAAAGAAUUUACUCAAAUUCCUGUUUUUAAACCGGCUCCUCCGCCGGAAUUUAAAACUCAAACUUUAAGUCAAAAUAGUCAACCUUCGAAAUUGGCCGAAAAGAUUUUAACAGUUAAAAUCGAAAGAGCUGAGCCUGAAGACGAAGAAGAAAUUAAACCAAGGAAGCCGAUUACUCCUAAAAAAGAAGAAAGUAAACCGAGUUUUGUUCCAAAAUCACCCGAUUCUUCUGUAUCUCCUCAAACUUACCAAGAACCAUCUAAAACGGUUCAGUUUGUAUCACAAAAUUCUGUACCAAUAAAUUCUGUUCCGCAAAGUUUUGUACCACAAAAUUUAGCGCCUCAAAACGUCGAACCUCCAAAAGUAAAUCCCCCUAAAGUUACCCCAACACCUCCUCAGAAGGUGUCAUCUUUGGAUCAGUUGGCUCCAAGUCAACAGGGAACCCCACAGCCUCAGAGGACAUUGACCAAACCAAAACCAGUAGAACCUCCACCAAGCACAAUCACCUUACGACCACAGGCUCCAGUUAGCCAAGCUCCUCCCCCUUUGGUUAAUUCACAACCAGCCACGGCGAAAUUCGGAGGUGGUAAAAACCUUAGGGGCGACCUUAAAUGGCCCCCCGAGGAAGUAAAAGAAAAAAUGGCGGCAGAAAAACAACACCUUUUGGAUUUGGCGAAAGGUCCAGCAUGUAGACCGAAGAAACAGCAUAAAGAUUACAUGCCAUUCUUUGCGAAACAUCAACUAAACAGUACCUAUCCUGGUUAUAAAAUCCCACCGGGGACACAAUUUUACGAUCAUAAUCCAGUCAUGUAGUUUUUUCACAUAAAUCGUUUCAAUUGCCGAUCAAUUUCGAGCUGGUUUCCGCGUAAUUACUGCACAAACCCGCACGGAAACUCGCUCGAAACUUUGAUCGCACCCCUUAGGUUUAUUAUGGUGCUAUUUUGUGAUAAAAGCAAUCAGUUUAUACGUACAAUACUUUUGCUCGAUUUAAGAGAUGGUGUAAAUAUUUCUAGUAUGCAACCCAUUUUUGAGAAUAUGUUCGUUCUUUUUAAUGGGGUCGGGUUGAGAUUUUGGUUGAAAACGAGCAAAGCUUCGAUGAAAAAAACGCCUUCUAACGAGCGAACGAUCCCGCUUCUUUGCUAUCCGCAAAUUGUAUGGCGAAUAAUGAUUAUGUAUAGUGUUUAAUGUUUAAUAAUUUUUAAGUGUAAAUGCUAGCUGAAUAAAUACAUUACUACUAAAA